AUGGCCACUGUAGGAACCAGCAGCAGUGACGACGCGAAGUCCCACGCCGCCGGCAGGACGGGCAGGCUCUUCGACGGCCUGUCGUUACCGGCGUCCGCGGAUUUCCACGUGCAUCUGCGCGACGGCGAGAUGAUGGCGGCGGUGGCGCCGACGAUUGUGCGGGGUGGUGUCGAUGUUGUGUUCGUUAUGCCCAACUUGGUACCGCCCAUUACAACGGUCGAACACGCAUUCGCCUAUCAGCAAGCCAUUGCGAAACACACCGAUGCGCAGACUCUCAUGUCUUUGUAUUUACACCCGUCCAUCACACCUGACACCAUCAAGCAAGCGAAAAAGUCUGGUGUCAUUUUUGGUGUCAAAUCGUAUCCGGCAGGCGUGACGACAAACUCGGCCUCCGGUGUGGUCAACUACGAACAGUUCUAUCCCGUCUUUCAAGCCAUGGAAGAAGAGGAUCUAGUGCUCAACCUCCACGGUGAAGCACCGCCAGCUGAUGACAUAACGGUUCUUAACGCCGAAGAAGCUUUCCUCCCGACUCUGUUCGAUCUGCACAAGCGAUUUCCUCGAUUACGAAUUGUUUUGGAACAUUGCACUACUGGAGCGGCUGUUGAGGCUGUGGCCAAAUGUGGACCGAAUGUCGUUGCGACCAUUACCCCCCACCACAUGUUUCUGAUCAUUGAUGAUGUUGUGGGCGACCCGAUCAACUUCUGCAAACCUGUUGCGAAACUUCCUGCUGACAGGCUGGCAUUGCUCAAAGCAGCCACAAGCGGUAAUCCCAAAUACUUCCUCGGUACAGACUCAGCCCCGCAUCUAUUGGGAGCCAAGAGGGGAGGUUUGGACAUGCAUCAAGUUGGCAAAUGCGCUGCAGGAGUAUUUACACAACCAUACGCGACACAGCUGGUACUGGAGGCUUUCGAAGCUGCCGUUGCCAAAGGAGUUGUCAAGCAGGAGCAGUUGAACCUAACCACCCUGGAAGGCUUUCUCGGCGACUUUGGCCGCAAGUUCUAUCGCGUUGAGCCUAGUGGAAGGAGAAUCAAGAUCUCUGCCAAAGGCGAACAAGUGGUUCCGAGCAUACAGGUUGGUGGAUCCAAUGCUAACAGCAGUGGUCAAGUGAUUAUCCCAUUCCGACAGAACAAUCCAAUUUACUCCUUGGAGUGGACAUCAUAG